AUGAAGACGAGGACGCUCUUGACGAGUUUGCUAUUGGCAGCACUGUCUGCAGUGGUAGUGACUGCCAGAAUCACAUCUACAUCUACUUCAUCUACUGCUACUGAUAUCCACCGAUUGCUGACCAAUGAGAAUCCGAGUGCGGUCUGUGUGCCGGAAAAACUGUUGGAACAUUGUCCCGACGAGUCGGUAACCCCCGCGCAUUUGACCCAACGCUGUGGAGGCACAUACCGUCUCAAAGCCAUUCGCUGUUACAUGGAAUACUUGUGUGAAAAUGGACAUGGACAAGAAACCGUCAAUAGUCAUAAAGAAUGCAUGAACAACGAAUGUGCCAUGGCCAAGCGCAUGGGACCUCUCAAUUGUCAAGAGCAUUUGGAUUCACUCAAUAAUGAUAAUGAAGAAACUACCGAUCAAUCGACAACAACAACUACUAAUACUGAGGAAGAAUCAAGUACUCCCACAGAAUCAACACCUACUGAAGAAGAACCAAGCGCUACUGAAGAAGAAUCAAGUACUACUGAAGAACAAUCUACUACUGAGGAAGCGGCGAAGGAGGGGGAAGAAUCGACAACUCAAGAAGCAAGCGGACCAAGCAACAACAGCAACAACAGCACGGAGGAAAUUCAUGAAGACUCGGGAGAAAUAAACGAACAGCAGCAGCAGCAACAAGAAAAACCAAAGGAGGAAGAAUCAAAAGAAAAAGCCAGUGGGGGUGCCAUUGCCUUUGUCGUCUUUGCCGCGGUAGCAUUCGCGGGGGUUCUAUACAUGUACCGGGGAGAAUUACUGGGUAAAAACAGAGAGCAGUUCCCGGGAGAUUCCCAUAUUGUUGCCAAUGGCAAUGCCAACUUGGCACCGGGACAACAAGCCGAUGAUGAUCAUCAAAUUACAUAA